CGGUUCCAAACCUUCACUUUCAUCCAUCCUACCCGUCUCCAUCGAGUCAUGUCGUCACGCUUUCCACUCCCCCUUCAACCUGUUCACAUCUAUCUCUCCCUCUCCCUGUCCCUCCUAUUCCUCAUCUCCCACACUCCCAACACCCUCGCCGCCGAGCUCUGCUACUAUCCCAACGGAGAGUACUCGGAAGAAACACCCUGCAAUCUCACCGCCGAAGUAAGCCACUGCUGCGAUUCGCUCGACAAGUGUCUCUCCAACGGACUCUGCAUCUGGAACGCAACCGAGCACACAGGCAUAUCAUACGUGCGCGGCACUUGCACGGACCAUUCAUGGACGGAUCCGCUGUGUCCGCGGCAAUGCCUCCUCAACCAGGACACCCCGACCAACCCAUCCGCGUAUGACUUCCGCGCCAGCGGCGUCCUGGUCCUCGAGUGCGGCGCGCAGGGCUACGCGACAGAGGCGGAAUAUUGCUGCGAGUCGCGCGGGGAGGGGACGCGCUGCUGUGCCACGUCGACGGCGGUUUUUCGCUUGCAUGCUGCUACUAAGGGCGCUUUUACCGGGUAUUCGAGUACGUCUUUUACGUCGCCUACGACGUCUCUGCCUGCGACUUCUGCGUCUUUAGAAUCGUCGUCGAGGCUGUCUUUUACAACCACGUCUCCAACGUCCACGGCGGACCCACGAGGUUCAAACAGCGAUAGCUCGGGUGUGAAGAUAGGCGCAGGCAUAGGGGGCGCAGUUGCGGGCUGCUUAGCGCUAGUCGCUCUGAUAUUAAUCUUUCGUUGGAGGAGAAAGAAGCCGCGGGAUGAAGACGUGCACGCGCAGCUGGUCGGCGAGGCUUCGAAGCACGGUGGGGAGAACGAUGCACUGGGGAAAGCCGAGAUGGAUGCUCAAGGAGAGGUUAUCGAGCUGCCUGCAAGGGAGAGGCUUCAUGAGCUUCCGGCUGGAGCGGGGGCGAAAGGAUGGGAGCAUUAG